AAAUAUAGAGUACAAGUUCGGGAUUAAUAUUUACGUUUAAUAUUGUUACUUGUUAGCGGUUUUAUUAUUUUCCCACUGUCUAUAUCAGUAUAAUUUAAAGUAUAGAUGUGUAGUCGCUCCUUUAACUUAUUGUAAUCAUAAGAGAGUGAUCUUAUUUUUAUGAAAGUGCUAUUGGAAAUUUAACAAUGCACAAUGUUGGAAGGCUUAGUGGCUUGGGUGUUAAACAAUUAUCUUGGAAAAUAUGUAGAAAAUUUAAAUACCGAUCAGCUCAGUGUGGCACUUCUUUCUGGUAAGGUUGAAUUAGAAAAUCUUCCAUUAAAGAAAGAUGCAUUACGGCAUUUGGGAUUGCCAGUGGAGAUCAAAGCUGGCUUCAUUGGGAAGGUGCAGCUCCAAGUGCCAGUCCGGCAAAUCCGUUCAGUGCCUUGGCUCAUUGCUAUUGAGAAGCUGUACCUUGUCGCAGCUCCUGUUAAUCUAGAUGAGUGGGAUGGUGCAGUGGAAGCUACCAUAGCACAUGAGCAAAAGGUAUCAAUUCUCGAUGCGCUAGAAGCUCAGUGGCGAGCGGAACACGAAGCUAGUGACGCGGGAUACUACGCCACAUCCUAUUCAUCAUGGCUCAACUAUGGGACUGGCUUACUAGCCAAUAUUGUAGAGAAUCUGCAGUUGAAAAUAAACGACGUGCACAUCCGCUACGAGGACGCGCUGACGUGCGGCGGGCGCGCGUUCGCGUGCGGCUUCGCGGCCGAGUCGCUCGCGGCGGAGUCGUGCGACGCGGGCUGGCGGCGCGGCUUCACGCCGCUCGACGAUCCCUGCUCCUUUAAGCUGCUCGAGCUCGUCAACCUGGCGGUCUACUGGGAUCCCAUGCCGGUGGCCGCUAUGAUGGCGGAUUGCACGAUGUCUGAACUUACGGAGCGCAUGUGCAGCACGUGGGUGAGCGCGCACCAGUUCGUGGUGCGGCCGGCGGGCGGGUCGGCGCGCGUGCGCCGCGAGCGCUGCGAGCAGCCGCUACGGGACCGCGCGCGGCCGCGACUAGCGUGCCACUUGACAUUGGAUGCGGUGUUGUUGAGGCUUACUUCGCGUCAGUACAGCGAGAUGUGCGGGUGCGUGCGCGGGCUGGAGCGCGUGGCGCGGCUGCGCGAGGCGCGCGCGUUCCGCCCGCUCGUGCCGCUCGCCGCGCAUGCGCGCCUGUGGUGGCUCUACGCGCUCAAGGCGCAUCUGCCUCAUCAUACGUGGAUGGAACCCAAACCAACUUGGGAGUCAUGUUUAGAGCAAGCUCGUAAGACGCGGCGUUACGUGGAGAUUUGCCUCAGUAUAUUAUGCAACCCGGCCGCCACGCUGCCGCCGGAGGAUAAACAGGCCAAAGAUGACUUUGAGUGGGCCAACCCGCUGUCCGUACUUAAAUUAUGCAGAGAGGUGGCGAUACGCAAAGUGCCAAUAACAGCCACAGUGCCAGAACAAGCCAGUUCAGGUCGAUCAGUGCUAGUGCGCUGGUUUCCGCAAUGGUGGGGCUGGUACGCAACACCCCCGGACCCCCCGCCCGACCCCGCCGCCAGCCCUCCGGACCCCGCCAACACAUCUGACCCCGCACCCGCGAGACUGGAACAUGAGAUUCUGGAUGUUAUAGCAGAUUCGCUGGAUGAUAAUACGCUGCUGAGAAGGGACGCGCUUUUCGGUCUCUUCGAGUUCACUCUGAACACUGGUUCUUUCGAUCUGUGCACAGAAUACGAGGAUAGUUCCGCGAAUGGGUCAGCGAGCGAGAACGCGGGCGGCGGUGUGGAGCUGCAGUUCAGCUUGGUGCGCGUGCGCGUGGAGUCGCGGCCGCGCGCCGGCGCGCUGUCGCUGCACGCGUCGCUCGGCGCCGUGUGCCUGCGCGACCGCAUCAACCCGCGCACGCUCUUCCCCGUGCUCGUCGCGCCGCAGGGCAUGAUCCGCGAAGGCCUAAGUGCGAUGAACCCGGCGGCGAGCGCUGCGUCGUGGUGGCGCACGCAGCAGGCGCCCGCGCACGCGCCCGCCGACGACGAGCCGCUCUUCCAGUUUACGUAUGAGAAGCGACCCGUGGGACUCAAUUGUGAUCACAGGCUGCGCGUAAAGUCCCGGUCGGUGGAAGUGGUGUGGUGCGUGGAGGCGGUGCGGUGGGCGCAGCGCUGGGCGGCGGCGGGCGGCGCGGGGCCGGGCCGCGCCAUCGCGCACGUGCGGGACCACACACGGGCCACGCUGCGCACGCACUAUGAGCGGCUGCUGCACGCACGGCGGACGCCGAAUGACCGUCGCUCCUGGCAAGUGGAGCUGGACAUAUCAGCGCCGCAGAUCCUGUUCGUGGAGGACCUGUGCGACCGCGACGCGUCCGUGCUGGUCGUGGACUUCGGCCGGCUGCGGCUCGCCAACGCCAACCUCGUGGAGGAGGAGGAGCCCAAGCCGCUCUCCGUCGAUGAUGAUGAAGAGACGUUCAUGACCCCGUGCUCGACGCCGCCGGGCAGCCUGCUGUCGCCGGGCUCGCCGCCCGACGCGCCGCCCGCCCCGCGCCCGCUCGACCCCGCCCACCUGCACACCAGCCUCUACGAUAGGUACAAGAUAGAGCUAAGCGAUCUGCAGCUGCUGGUGGGGCGUGCGCGCGACAACUGGAAAUACGCACACACAAAGGCUACUUCCGCUUUGCAUCUUCUUGACCGAUUCAGUAUUUCAUUACAGGCGGAGCGGCGCGUGGUGCAGACGAGCGACCCGCAGUACCCGACGGCGGCGCUGUGCGGCUCGCUGCCCGCGCUCGUGGCGCACCUCUCCGAGCACAAGCUGGCCGCGCUGCGCCGCGUGCUGGCCGCGCACACAGCGCCCCGCCCCGCGCACGCGCACCACCCACUGCCCAACUCAUCUCCAAACGAAGACGGCUCAGAAGACGACGAAGAAGAGGAAGAGAGCAGUAUCAGCUCGGAGACAGAACGGUCGGAGUUUUCCACGCACAACAACGCGACGCUGCUCUUGCUGCAGUUUGCAAUUGAUCAGCUUUCUGUAGAGGUGCAGUCGCGCGGGCGCAGCAUAGCGGAGGUGCAGGUGUGCGGCGUGCGCGCGGCGGUCAGCGCCCGCCCGUGCGACACGUCCCUCUCGCUGUCCGUGCACUCGCUGCUGCUGGUCGACGCGCUGCAGACCUACGGCCCGGACUUCGAGCUGCUGGUGGCCAGCCACAAACACGUGGGCAUGGACACAACAUCGGGCAGUAUCCGUGGGUCGGAGCCCACGUCGCCUACCUCCCCCGCGUCGCCCGACUCCCGCGCCCCUCCCCCCGCGCCCUCACCGCGGGAUCUGCACAAUGCGCUCCACUCGUUACACAGCUCAUACAUUCCUGACGCUGGAAGAACGAGUCCGACUCAAACUUGGAUGGCAGGAGCUAGUAUGAACUCUAGUUACGGGACCGCUGGGGCUACAGGACCACGGGGCACGAGCUGGGGCAACGGCUGGGGCUCCGACGGGGCCGCUUGGGGCACACCAGGGCUCGUUGACUCGGAAGCGCUCAUAGCAGUUGAACUGUGUAUAGUUAAAGGAGAUGGAACCUCUGAGGAAUUAAGGAUUGCUAAUAUUCUCUUCAAUAAUUUGGAUGUUAUAGCGAACCAAGAGACGAUAGUGGAGCUGAUCGGGUUCGCGCACCGCGUGGCGGGCGCUGGUGCUGCGCGCGGCCCCGCUCCGCCCGCACACAGCUCGCCGCUCGCGCCGCCCGCCGCCGACGAGCUCAAGGUGGGCGUGCGUUCUGAGAUAACGUUCGAUUUCCACCGGCUGGGCGUGCUGCUGCUGCGCGCGGGCGUGCGGGAGGGCGCGCUCGUUGCUAAUAAGAUAGCUACGGCCACGCUGGGUGACGCGCGCAUACAGGCCACGCUCAAUGGUUCGAGUGUCGAAGUGAGCGGUUCACUGGGAGGCGUACAAGUGGUGUCCGUAUCUGAGAACGCAGGACUACAUUCCCGCAUUCUAUCGGCGGGUCGUGCACCUCCUGCCCCGUUAGCCCCACUAGCUCCAUUGGCCCCACUCGCCCCAAGGCCCCCGGACACACAGACCAGUGAUGAAAAAGCGCUAUUCUUUACGAUAUCGAGGAAUGUACAACCGCCUAAUGAAGAUGAAAUGCCUGUGGUGGAAGUGAAAGUGCAAGUGCAAGUGGCUAGUGUGUGGUACACGCACUCGGGCCCACUGUUACGAGAACUACAGAGCUGCCUCACAGAGUUUAAGCAGUAUUUGGCAAACCUUGCGCGGUCUAUACGCGCGGCCGCUGCUGACAUGGCUAUUGGCUUGGUACAUCCCAGAACGGACAGUCUAUACGCAAAUCCAAAACUAUCGCAGUCUACGGAAGGCGUGUCCCCGCGGCGGCGCACAACCAGCUUGGGCAAUUCUUUAGAUGAGCCCGAUAGAGAUCCUCACCAAUUGAUCCUGAGCGUGAGCGUGGAACUAGAGUCGCCGGUGGUGGUAGUCCCGUGCGCGGCGCAGAGCGCGAGCGUGUUCGUGGCGCACCUCGGCCGCAUGAGCCUCGCCAACCGGCCCGGCGCGCCCGCUCGCUCGCUCUACCGCGUGCGCGUGCGCGACAUCUGCCUCGUCUCCCUAGACGUAACGGAGCGGCUGCAGCAACAGCAGCAGCAGUCACUGAGCGUGCAGGCGCUGUACGACGUGGCGGGCGGCCGGCCCGUGCUGCACGACACCGCGCUGCACCUCGCCGUCGCGCUGCAGGACGGCGACCAGCAGCCGCAGUGCCAAGUGGAGGGCAAAGUAGUAGGCGGACUACACGUGACUGCGAGCCGCGAGCAGUACGAGCAGCUGCUGGAAACAGUGCGCUGGGUGACCGGGGAUGCGCCCGCGCACCCGCCCGCACCGCCGCCGCAGGAUGACCCGCUCGGUGAUCAGACGAGCACGCUAGCGGAGGGCGCGGUGCCCACGCUGCGGCUGGACCCGGCGGUGCGCGCGGCCGUGCUGGCCGUGCCGCCGCCCGCGCCCGCGCCGCUACCCGCACCCACCUUUACUUCCACUGUCGUCACGUUUGAGUUGCCAAACUUUACGGUGGAGUUACGCGCCGACUUGGGUGCGGGCGAGCGUAGCCUUGUGGCGCUCACCUUCAGAGAAUUCUCGUUGAAGCACUCGCACUUACACCCGCAUGAGACUACGUUGCAGGUGUCGCUGUACUCGAUAACGAUGGAGGACCUAACAAAAGACCCUGACUCGCGGCAUCGCAUGCUGAUGGUAUCCCACUCACCUCCGGUGCCCCCAAAGGCAGUUUUCGUCUCCAAGUCGUGCCCCGAUUUCUCGUGGCACGCGAGUACUGCCCCCGUGCUGCCCCCACCACCCCUCGUACGUAGGCCCUCACUGCCUUCAGGGCUUAAUUCUACAGAGAAUAAGCCGGAGAAAGAGCGGUUACGAGAAAAGCAAGACAGCCGCUGCGGCCCCACCCCUCCCUGCUCCCCCGUGGAGGGUGCUCCGGGGGGCGAGGGGGAGGGCUGUGAGGGGGAUGCCGCAGACGACAACCUCGUGUGGGUCUCCGUGCACACACGUGACCCGCAACAUCCGCACUUUAACGAUAAAUUCAAUAAGGUGUCCAGAUUGACCAAAGUGGAGUUCAACUGUCUGAAGUUAGUGUUGAGUAUCGAUAGCUGGGUGGCCGUGUUGGAUUUCUUUGGAGUCGCUGGUGAUGAAGCUGAACAGGAUGCCAAUACUGAUAUUAACGGGAAAGAUUGCGUGGAUGGGCAAAGCGACGUGUCUGUAGAUGUGGACAGCACGGUGACGGAGACGGAGAUAUUCGUGCGGUCUCUGUCCGUGGUGGUGGUGGGCGCGCGGGGGGACGCGUGCCGCGCGCUGGUGUCGCGCGGGGCGGCGCGCGUGCGGCGCGGCGCCGAGCGGCACGUGCGCGCGCAGCUGGGCGCGCUGGCGCUGGCCGACCUGGCGCCGCGCGCGCCGCUCUGGCGCGACCGCCUGCGCACCGCACAGCGCCACGCGCUCACGCUGCACUACCACCGGUUGAGUCCAGCGGCCGCGUUGGAAGCUGGGUACGAGACCAGUCUAGAACUGGAUAUGGGGCCGCUAACGUAUGUGCAUACGCGUCGUUUUGUGUUAGAACUACAAGCGUUCGCUCGCGACUUUAGUCUUCUACGACACGUCAUUGUGCAGGCCCGUCGAAAGGUGUCGAGCGUGGCGCGCGCGUCGCAGGCGCAGCGCAUGCGGCUGAAGGUGCGGUGCGCGGCGCCGCUGAUCGUGGUGCCGGUGUCGGGCCGCAGCCGCGCCGCGCUCGCCGCCGAGCUGCGCCUGCUGCAAAUCGACAACUGCUUCCUCCGCGCGGGGGACCCCGCCACCGUCAGCACGCUGCUCGACCCCGCCAGGCCGGAGCGCGAGCUGCUGGACGUGCGCACGAUCCGGCUGGAGGGGCUGUCGGUAUGGUGCGCGGAGGGCGGGGGAGGGGGAGGGGGGGCGCGUGGCGUGCGCGUGCGACGAGUGGGCCCGCCACUGCUGCCCGCGCCCACACACCUCCAGCUGCAGCUGGAGAUCAAUUGUGAUAAAACGCAUAAUGUGGCGGACAUGACGAUGCAAGGCACGCUAACUACUCUCCAAGUGUCGCUGGACGCGGCGCAGUACCGCCUCAUCCGCGGCGUGUUGGCGCACAACCUGGGCGAGGCGUGCCCCGAGCUCGUAGCGCCUGCCCCCGCGCCGCCGGCGGGGCAGGCAGUGGGGGCAGAUGUGUGGCGCACUUGGUCGCUGCAGCUGCACUUGCAGGACGUGCAAGUGCAAUUGCGUCGUGCGGACGCGCCACCGCUGGCCGCGGUCCAUUUCAUCAAGUCAAGAUUACUACUUGAUUCGUAUUCUGACACCAGCCAGGAUGUUGACCUUGUAUCUCAGGAGAUCCUAGUUUGCGACAGCCGGUACUCAUCGGAGCCGGCCAACCGGCGCGGCAACGUGUUCAGCCGCAUCGUGCAGCCGCAGCCCGACCACCCGCACACCGUGCAGGCUGAACUGCACGCUAGGAAACGUCCGGACUCAUCAGCGUAUACAAUAAUGGUGAACAACAUGCGUCUGAUGGCCAUCCUCGACUGGUGGGAGGCGGCCAACCAGUUCAUCAUGCAGCCACCGCCACCGCCCGCUGACCCUGAUCAGCUUUACUUUGAGGAAAGAUCACCAGAGUACGGCUUAGACGCCAGCAACACGGAGAGCGGGGGCGAAGCGCCCGAGCCGCCCGAGCCGAUGGAGCUCAAGCUGAACGUGACCGACUCGCAGCUCGUGCUCGUGGAGGACGCCUCCGUGUGGGACACUAACGCUGUUAUAUUGAAGAGCACCACAGUGAUCACGUACCGCGUGGCAGAGGAACGGGCCCUGGUGUGCGAAGUGAGUGAACUGGAAGUGUUCUCGUGCGUGCUGGGGCUGGAGGACGAGACUGCGCUCGCCAUCGUGGACCCCGCCGCGCUGCACCUCGCGCUCAACGCUGACCAAGUGCUGCACGUGGAUAUGGGCACACUAAACCUCCGCCUUUCCUACCACGAUAUGCGCAUGUUUGCUGCCAUGCUGCAAUCGCUGCCCGCGCAAGCGAGACUCGCGCUUUCAGACAAGUCCGACCCUAGUACUCACAUACCGGACGAGCCGGCGAACAGCGUGCACAUGCGCGCCAACAACAACGCGUCCCGGCUCGUGGCCCCGCGCUGGCUGCGCACCAACUCGCACCCGCACGCACACGCACACGCACAUGCGCACGCGCACUCGCCAGCUCCGAGUGUACAGCCCGCACCCAAGAAGGCUUUACGAGCUGUUCAGGUGAGCGCGGAGAGCGUGACGCUCUGUGUCAUCGAUGACUGUCUGGACUCUGAUGUUCCGCUGCUGGAGUUGUCACUUGCAGAUCUGCAACUUGAACAGGACCUCCGCAAAGUGGAAGAAGCGUUCGAAGACCCGAUCCUAGUAUCGACACCAUCGGGCAGCUCUAGCGGCCACGUGCCCGAGGGUGCGGUGGUCCCGCUGGCGGCCGCACGCCGCACGGCCGCGGGCGGGGGGCGGCUGAAGGCGCUGCUCACGCUUGACUACUAUAACCGCAUGCUGUCUGGCUGGGAACCCAUUGUGGAGCCUUGGAGGUUUGAAAGUCGUUGGGAGUACACGCUAUCGAGUGCACUAUCCCUCCGCCGGUUACAAGUUGAAAUAGCCUCUUCAGAAAUCUUGAACACAAAUAUCACGUCCGCGCUUGUGGACCUCAUCCGACUCGUAAGGACCAACUGGACUGCUGAUUAUUAUGCACCACAGGGCUCGAGCCAGUCGGAGCAGUCGCCCAAGGGCAGCCCGGCGGGGCACCGGCGCCGCUCGCCCUUCGUGCCGUACGCGCUGCGCAACCUCACCGGGCACCGCCUGUGGUUCACCACGCUCACCACCGCCUCCGAUGAGUUGCGUGAGGGCGGCGAAACAACGUCAUGGUCGGGACCUGAUGACUCGUGGGUGUGCGUUCGCGCGGGCGACACGGAGCCCUUCUCAUUCGGGGCGCGGCGUGGUAGGGCGCGGGGCGGGGCGCCGGCGCCCUCGGGAGCCGCGCCCUCCGACCCGGCGCCCCUCGCGCCGCUGCACCGCCUUGUGGUGCGGGUAGAUGGCUGGUCGCCGCUCGAUCCUGUGUGUGUCGACCGAGUGGGCGUGUUCUUUAGACAUAUUACACAUAAUAAAUCGGGUUCGGAAGCACGCGUGGUGCUGGAGGUGUCGCUGGAGGGCUCGGCGCGCAAGCUGGUGACGGUGCGGUCGGCGCUGUGCCUGCGCAACGAGCUGCCGCACGCCGUCGAGGUGCGCACGCACCACGCGCACCCGCACGCGCACUGGGGCGGGGCGGGCGCGCGCGGGGCCACGGUGGCGGCGGGCGGCUGGUGGGCGGCGCCGCUCAGUGCCCGCGCGCCCGUGUUGUGGACCAGACCGCUGGUACGAGCCCGCCCGCCGUCCCCAGCGCCGUCGCCCGCGCCGCUGGACUGGCGCGCCGCCCCCGCGCACCCCGCGCUGCUGCACUACGAGUGCCGCGCGCCGCACGACUACGUCUACAGGUUUUGCUGUGUGAUAAUCCGCGAGAGAUUCCCAUUGGAGCGCGGAGAACCGUUAGCGGGACACACGCUUCGGCUAGUGCCGGCGUUGCGGCUCGAGAACCUGUUGCCGCUGGAGCUGCAGUAUCGUGCUGGCUCGAUCACAGGGGCACUGCCAGCUGCGCAAACAGAGCCUUUCCAUCAGCUGGAUGUAGAAGAAGGCGUCGAAAUAACGGUAAAAUUGGAAGGCUUCGGUUGGUCCUCCGCUCUGAGUGUGGGCGGUGGAGGGGGAGGGGGGUCUAAUAACUCUUUCUCAGCGAGACUAAAGUUACGCGAUGUUAAAGGAAGAAGAUUGUACUUGAAUGCAAGAGUCACUGUUAAGAAAACUGAUGGCAUUAAGGUGUCGAUCUCAGCGGCGUACUGGCUGGUGAACCGCACGGGGCUGCCGCUGGUGUUCCGCGCGGAGGGCGGGGGUGGGGGCGGCGAGGCGGCGGGGCAGUUCGCGGAGCACGAGCUGGCGCGCAUGGUGGCGCCGCUGCCCUUCGCCUUCGCCGACGGCGACGGGCCCACGCUCAGCGCGCGCCUCGGCACCGCGCUCGCCGCACACCCCGAGUGGUGCUCCCCGUUCGGCCUGGGGCCGGGCGUGACGGUGAAGCGUCUGGAGGCGGGCGCGGAGGAGCGCGCGUACAGCGUGGGCGUGAGCGUGCGCGCGGGGCGGGGCCGCCACCGCCGCACCAACGUCGUCACCUUCACGCCGCGCUACCAGAUACACAACAACACCUCGCGCACGCUGCAGUUCGCGCAGAAGUGCACUGCUACCACGCUCAGUGACCCUGGCGCGAUGGCAACACACAUGUCUGCAGUUGCCGGCUGCUACCUGCCGUGGCAUUGGGCGCGCUGGGAUCGCGAGCCGCUUCUCUGCGUGCGCGUGUUAUCUGAUCCUAGUGGGACCAAUAGUGGGACAAAUUCUGGGGCCAGUGAUACAGCGGCACCGCUCACAGCCUGGUCUGGUGGAUUUAAGAUCGACGCGCCGAGGAGUUUGCACAUCGCUUGCAGGGAGAGCGGCGGGUCGUACCUGAGCGUGCGCGUGGAGGUGGUGCGGCAGGGCGCGGCGCUGCUCGUGGUGCUGACGGACGCGGACUGCGCGCCGCCGCCGCUGCGCAUCGACAACUGCUCGCCCGUGCCCAUCAUGUUCCACCAGGUGGGUUGCAGCGAGGAGAGCGUAGUGCGGUCUGGCGCGCGGCUGCGCUGGGCGCUGCCCGAGCCGGAGGGCCCGCGCACUGUGGCCCUCAGGGCCCCCGGCGGCCCUCGCCUGCCGCUGCCCCUCGACGCUUUGCACUCUACGCAUACGCUGCUGUACCAGAACUUCAUUUACGUGUGCUUCCCCGCCCCCGCCUCUCCCUCACCCGCUUCCCCCACUCCCGCCCCGCCCUCGCCAGAUGCGGACCUCGUGCUCGAGGUGCCCGCUGGAUCCACGCGCGUGCAGCUUGCUACCAAGCGAUAUGGUGACAGGUCGCAGCUAUGGCGGCGCGGCCCGGGCGGGCAACUGAUCCACGAGGGCAGCUCGCCGCCACAACCCACUGAUGCCAUGCUCUCUGACGAUACCACCAUUUCACCACACGCCAUGGUGCUGGACAUCGAGGGCGCGGCGCCGCGGCCGGGCGUGGCGGCGGCGCUGGUGCUGCGGCGCGCGGACGGCCGGCGGGCCUCCACGCAGGCCUGGCGCCUGCUGCCCGCCGGCCGCAUGGCGUGCGCGCACCGCAACCUGUGCGUGCAGCCCGCCGGCGGCCUCAUGGCCCUCGCCCCCGGUAACCGCGUGGCGCUAGGGUUAGCUGGUGACGCGGACACAGUGCCACCGGAGCAGCGUGUACGCUGGCGUACUCUGCGGCCGGGAUCCGGUCGCCUAAGUGUCACACUGACUGCAGAUGGUCCUACCCGACUCAUACGCAUCAUGGACACUGUUCAAUCGGAAUCAACAAAGAUUGAAUGCGCUGACGACGAAGAGGAGGAGCAAGCGAAGCUGGACGCGAGUUCGGAAGGGGAGUGGGGCGAGUGGGGCGUGUCCGUGUGCCUGGAGGGGCUGGGCGUGUCCCUCGUGGCGGGGGUGGAGCUGGUGUACGCGCUGUUCCUGGGCGUGCGGCUGGACGUGGCGCGGGACGCAGCCGCCGCGCGCCUCACGCUCUCCGUGCACGACAUGCAGUGGGACAACCAGCUGCUGGGCACCUCGAGCCCGGUGCUGCUGUACUGCGUGCCGGAGCGGGUCGGGGCGGGCGGCGCGGGGGCGGGCGGCGCGGGGGCGGGCGGCGCGGGGGCGGGCGGCGCGGGGGCGGGCGGCGCGCUGCCCGCGCUGCACGCGGCGCUGGAGAUGCAGCGCGCGCCGCCGCCGCGCUACAACGCGCGCUACUUCACGCACCUGCUGCUCGCGCUCAGGCCCAUCGCCGUCAAGCUCGAGGAGAGGUUGAUCCUGAUGGUGUGGCAGUGGCUGCAGCAGCCGGAGGGCGAGGAGGUGCCGGACGAGGCGGAGUGGGAGACGCGCCGAGUGUUAGACGAGCUCACUGCACUACACGCUACUAGAUACUACUUCGCGCUUAUCAAGCUGCUGCCCAGCCAGAUCCGUCUAUCAAUGUCCACAUCGAGCAAGGUAGAAGGCGGUGCGGGAGCCCUGCGGCGGCGGCUCGGGCUCACGCUGAUCCGCUUCGAGGACGCGGCCGUCGAGCUGGAGCCCUUCCUGCGAGCGCACGCGUUUGAUACUGCGCCUGCGCUGGCCAGGGACGUGCUGCAGCACUUUAAAGAUGAAUUGAAAUGGCAAGCGGCCAAAAUCCUGGGUUCAGUGGAUUUCUUGGGCAAUCCCUUGGGAUUCGUCGCAGAUGUGUCUGAGGGCGUGUCCGGUCUGAUACUUGAAGGAAAUGUCGCUGCGUUACUGCAAAAUCUUACACAUGGUAUAUCGAACUCUGCAGCAAAAGUUACAGAGACGCUGGGCGACGGGCUGGAGCGCGUGGUGUGCGACGAGGCGCACGAGGAGACGCGGCGCCGCAUCCGCUCGGCCGCGGCCGGCGCCCGCCUCGCUGCCGGCCUCAGGGGGCUCGGCCUCGGCCUGCUCGGUGGCAUGACGUCGUUAGUGAAGCAUAGCUACGAAGGUGCUACAGCAGAAGGAUUACCAGGAUUCAUCGCAGGUGUUGGCAAAGGGCUUGUGGGAACUGUAACUAAGCCUGUCAUUGGCGUACUCGAUUUCGCCGCUGAGACAGCUGCAGCAGUUAGGGAUUCUAGUCGCAAGCGCGUGCGGGCCCCGCGCGCCCCGGCCGCGGCGCUGCUGGCGCGGUACAGCGCGGCGCAGGCGCACGCGGCGGCGCGCCUGUACGCGCUCAACGGCGGCGACUACGCCGAGCGGCUGCUGGCCCACCGCGCCGUGCGGGACACGCCGCACGACAUACAGGCGCUGCUGUCCGACUGCUACCUGCGCAUCUUCACCUGCAAGGGCACGCAGCCGCAGAUCGUCAUGGAGACGCACCUCAGCAACCUAGUAUCGUGCACGGCAGUGACGGUAGACGGCGCGCACUUCGUGGAGCUGGGCGUGCGCGGGGGCUGCGGGGGCGGGGCGGGGUCGGGCGGGGCGGGCGAGGGCCUGCGGCGGCCGCGCGUGCAGUGCGACUCGCGCGAGCUGGCCCGCUGGCUGGCGCAACACGCCGCACACGCGCGCCAGCUGCACCACGACCGCACGCACACGCUCGUGCCGCACGACGAUACGUAACUUCACAUAAUAUAGUGGGGCUGUACAUGUAUACGUUAUCUGUAUAGACGUGACUCGAUGCGUGCGCACGCACGACGAUGACAUUAUAUCCUAUAAUAUUAUAUACGAAACUUAGUGCAGACGUGAGUGGAUACGUACACGACUGCAAUACGACCGGACUGAUACUGUGGCAUCGCAGAACGAUGUACAACGAUUGGCAUAAGUCGGCUAAUUACUUACACACACAUAAUUUUAAAAGUACCUACAUGUUCUAAGACAAAACCAAAAUGAGCACAUAAGUAAGUAAUAUAUUAUGUUACAUUUACGUUCUAAGUAUACGGGUGAUAUUGUUGUGACGCAUUGCUAACGUACGCGCACGCAAUGUGCGUAUACGUUCUCAUAUACGAGUUGUAGUCAAUUGUAACGAUUUGAUUCUGCAGUAUACUUGUAGGUAGUUGAAUAAUGUUCCAGAAAAUAAUAUGUGUAAAUAAACGUUUUGAAGUGUGAUAAAAAGUACCCGAGAAAAGAUAAUUGUGUCGUUUACUUGUGACAUGUAUUAAUUAAAUUUAAGACCUCGAUUUAUUAAAUUAUUUAACCAACUCUACUUUAUAAUAUGUUUAUCUUCUUGGAUAACAGCUCGGACGACUUUUUUGUCUAUGCCAACAUUUUUACUACACAUUACCCAACACCGCACAAAUUAGAAGAUCAAAUUUGUAAUCAUGCCCUGUGUAGAUGCACUUUAAGUGGAAAUUAAUUCAACGUAAACGUGAAAUAAAUAUCAACUAUUUCCUUCAAUUACUUUUUUCUUUUGUUAAUUAUUAGAUAAAGUGACCGAAAACUUGAAAUUAGAAUGUUGGUGCCAAUGAAUGCAAAUGUGUAAGUUAUAUCUUUAAGAUUCCAGUAAUUUAUGGUGUGCAAAUGAAUAAACUGACAUCCAACAUUUCAUUCCCUAGUGCGAGCGUGACUGACUAGCGUAGGUAAUUGACUAAUUUAUUCUGAAAUAUUAAGUAUAAAUAAAUAAGUUUAAGGCAUAUGAUUGUGUGUUUGUUUGUUUAUGCUCCUUACAACUGAAGGAAACUAUUUAACCCAAGAGAAAGUCAACUUGUGAAUAUACAAGUAAUGUGUAAGAUAAAACUGUAUAAUACUUUUGUAAACGAUUCGCUCGUAUCAAUAAUGGUAAUGUUUUAUUUAUUUUUUCGAUAACACGUGUUGUUUGAAAGUUGUGUGUUGACUGUUACAUAAUGUUUUAUGAUUGCAGAUAGAACAAUUAUCUACUUAUUUGGGUUUUAGAACAAAAUGUGUGGUUUUUAUAUAAACGAAAAAUUAAGUUUUUAUAAUAAAGAUGCUCGUUUAUUUUCAAUGAUAAUAAUACGAUAAUGUUCCAUUUGACGAUUUUCAACGUAUUUUAAUAAUAAGUAUGUUUUUUAAUCACCCCUUUCAGUUAAAAUUCAGCACGAUUUAAAAUUACCUAAGUACCUAAGCAAUCACUAUUUUACGAAAAGAUUGCAGUGAAAUGUAGCAUUAUUAAAUAUAAGACUAUUUACAGGAUUAAAUCCUGCGACUUACUUAGACUUUAGGACUAGUGUUACUACUAAAUAUAAAUAAUUAUUGUCAUCACAAUUUAUAGCCUAGACGCGACUCAGUCGUGUGUAUUGUACCUUAUAUAAGAUGUGUACUCCUUAUUUAUGACCUACAAGAAUGUAAAAUGGCUUUUCAUUUUGAAAUAUAAUAUAAAUUUAUAUUGAUAAGCAAUUUGUAUUUAUUAGUAUUAUACUUCUCUUUGAGUUCAAUUGUAAAGUCUGAUUUAAGAACGAUUAAAUUUCUUCAAACUAUUAGUCAAAUUCACCAGGUCAAUAGUUUUUUUUCUCAAUCUUUUACUAAUGCUAUGUUCUUAAGUAUUUUAUCAUUUAUUUCUAUUAUAUUUCACGACGAAAAGUCUUCGUAACUGCGCACAUUUUGACCUAAGUACUAUCAGCGCUUUGGUUGAAUAUAUUUAUUAUUAUGUAUCUGAACAAGGCUGUGUUCAUAAACCUGUAGGAUAAUUGAAGAUUUAGGCGCUCAAAUACACGGCGACUUAAAAAUAAAUUGAUUUGGACACCUUAUUGUUGAAGUAACGAAAUUAAUAUUUAAUAAUGUUUAUUUGAAAGUAUCGCCGUGUAUUGUGGCCAUAUUUUUGGUUGAGACUUGGAUGUAAUAUUGUAUGUUCGUCAAAGUGUUCAACGCACAUUUUGCCUUAUCUUUGUAUUAUUUAUUAUUUUAUUAAGUGAGGAAAAUGCAAUGCUUAAGUAAUGUUAUUUUGGUUAAGGAUGGUUGACUUUUUAUUUAUUGUGUGCACUAACAGAGCCUGUAACUUUGUUGUAAAUGUAUAAAAGUCAAUUUGUUUGAGAUAUGAAUGCCAAAACAUUUUAUUUAGUUGAGGGAGUUGAUAUUAAUUUAAACUUUAAAGCAAUAAGACUUGGUUGAUGGUUGAUAAUAAAAUAUUGUUUAUA